GGAGGUGGAGGUCGAUGUGGAGCCAAGUCUCAGAGGUCCUGAAAUAGUCACCAUGGGGGAAAAUGACCCACCCGCGGCUGAGGCCCCCUUCUCCUUCAGAUCGCUUUUUGGACUUGACGAUUUGAAAAUAAGUCCUGUAGCACCAGAUGCGGAUGCGGUCGCGGCACAGAUACUGUCCCUCUUGCCGUUGAAGUUCUUUCCAAUCAUCGUCAUCGGGAUCAUUGCACUGAUAUUAGCACUGGCCAUUGGUCUGGGCAUCCACUUCGAUUGUUCCGGAAAGUACAGGUGUCGCUCGUCUUUCAAGUGUAUUGAACUGACAGCUCGAUGUGACGGGGUCUCGGACUGCAGGGAUGGGGAGGACGAGUACCGCUGUGUCCGCGUGAGCGGCCGGAACGCGGUGCUGCAGGUCUUCACGGCUGCCGCCUGGAGGACCGUGUGCUCUGACGACUGGAGGGGUCACCACGCUAACGUCGCCUGUGCCCAGCUGGGGUUUCCAAGCUACGUGAGUUCAGACGCCCUCAGGGUGGACUUAGUGGAAGAGCGGCUGCAGGGGGACUUCGCUUCCAUCAAUCACCUGCUGCCGGAUGACAAAGUGACGGCUCUCCACCACUCGGUGUACGUGAGGGAGGAAUGUGCCUCGGGUCACGUGGUUGCCUUGAAGUGCAUGGCCUGCGGUCUGAGAAUGGGCUACAGCUCGCGCAUCGUGGGUGGAAACGUGUCCUCGCUCGCGCAGUGGCCGUGGCAGGCCAGCCUCCAGUUCCAGGGCUACCACUUGUGUGGGGGCUCUGUCAUCACGCCCGUGUGGGUGGUCACCGCUGCCCACUGCGUCCACGACCUGUACAUCCCCAAGUCGUGGACCAUCCAGGUGGGCCUGGUUUCCCUGCUCGACAGUCCGGCCCCUUCCCACCUGGUGGAAAAGAUCAUCUACCAUAGCAAGUACAAGCCCAAGAGGCUGGGCAAUGACAUUGCCCUCAUGAAGCUGGCCGGGCCGCUCACCUUCAACGAGAUGAUCCAGCCAGUCUGUCUGCCCAACUCCGAGGAACAGUUCCCUGAUGGAAAAAUGUGCUGGACGUCAGGAUGGGGGGCCACAGAGGACGGAGGCGAUGCGUCCCCGGUCCUCAACCACGCAGCCGUGCCUUUACUCUCCAACAAGAUCUGCAACCACAGAGAUGUGUACGGAGGCAUCGUCUCCCCCUCCAUGCUCUGCGCCGGCUACCUGAAGGGCGGUGUGGACAGCUGCCAGGGAGACAGUGGGGGACCGCUGGUGUGUCAGGAGAGGAGGGUGUGGAAGUUGGUGGGAGCGACAAGCUUUGGCAUCGGCUGUGCCGACGUGAACAAGCCCGGCGUCUACACGCGCAUCACCUCCUUCCUGGACUGGAUCCACGAGCAGUUGGAGAGGGACCUGAAAACCUGAAGAGAGGGGAACGGGCCGCCACCUUGAGUUCCCGCCUUGAUGGAGACACCCCGUCCUUCCGCGGGUCCCCGGGUGGAAACUCGCGGCCUGAGCCAGCGCCUCGGGUACUCUUCCUUCUGGAGCCACCGUGGAGCCCCCAGAAGGAGCAUCUUUCUGCCCCGGCACCUCCAGAACAGCUCCUAGCCCCUCUUCGAGCCACUGGGGUGUCAGGCUAAAAUGGCCCUGAAGCUCCUUUGUGACGUGCCCUUCACUGAGCUCAGAAGCAGGAACGCCUUCGUGGUGCUACCUUGCCCCCCUCGUCCAUUUGGUUUUCUCUGCCCUGGGGCAUUCACCAUGACUGACCAGGCAGAUCUCACCACAGGCCACACCAGUGCCCAGUGGGGACAUGCCAGCCCGGAGCCACAAGGAGGUGUUGUGAUAAAUGUCCCUGUCUGCACGUUUUUUAUCCCUAGGCGCUGGAACCAAAUCAGGUCUUUCUACUUCCAAGAUCCCUUUUUGCCUGUGAGAACUUAACCCACAAGUGAUUCGUUGUUAGGUUUCUUUCUAAUCUCUCUUUGUAGUAUUUGGUGCUUGGUGUAGUAUUUGUCAUUUACUUCCAAGGGACGUGUGCUCUCUUAACGCACCCAUCAAUCAGAGCUUGUCUGAAUGAAUACCGACCACUCGUGUCAAUUGGAAUCAUAAUUUUAACUGGGGAGCCUGGAUCACUUUGAUCUCCUCUAGAUACGUUGUGGGUUUUCCAUUCUUCCGGUGGAACAAGUUUCCCGGCAGAUGAGCAUUCUAUCCAGAGACUCGGAAGCAGAGGGUGACGAGAGGUCACUGGAAUAAGACAGGACCACCUAACCCCGUGUAGGGGGUGCCGAAGGCACAGCGGGCAGUCGGGCGUCAUCAAGAGGCCGAAGGCUUCCCUGCGUCUCUGCCUGGUUACCCACACACCUUCUGUCACCCCCAGGCACACACAUCACAGGAAGGGGUACUUGUAGGCAAUUUCUGUCUGGAGGUACUUCAUCACAGAUGAAGGCGUCAGACGUGAAUCUAUUGCUUUGCCUUGAGGCAUCGGUGGGAAAGAUGGUGAGUUUCAGAGAGCAGGCAGGUGCCUGGGGAGGCAGAGGCUGCGGGGAGCCUCCCGGCACGUCCGAGACCCCGGGGGUGGGGGUGGGGGCUGCACAGGGAGAGAGGGAGAGCCCUGGCAGACUGACCGCUUAGCAAUCCCAUCUGUGCCCCACCAGCCCUGCCUCACUACACAGGUCUCCACGUGUCAGAAAGGGACAAGAGCGUUUUUAUUUUAAGGGGUUUUGCCCAGGCCUCUCUGAAGGUUGAGGUACAGUAGCUCCUGCGUGGGGCGUCCGAGUUGUGAAGACAGGAGGGAUGCUGUAUGUGACCUCAGCUGGGAGCCCUUGACCGUGGGGCUGGCGCAUUUGAAUGGCUAGACAUUGUGACUCCAUCCUUCCUUAAUUACUAUCGAAUUGUGUUGGGAAAUAUUUGCUGGCUCACAAUCUUUCAGAAGGUCUUGAGUAAUGCCAACGGCAGGCAAUUAAUCAGGGUGGACCAUGUGCCUGGCACUGAUCUACCCUACCGCAUUUCCUGUGUGCUCUCUUUUAUCGUUGCAACGACCCUACGAGACAGGAAUUAUCGUUAGUCCCGUUCCGUAGAUAAGGAAACUGAGGUGUGAGAGGAGUGAGUUUCCCAAGCCCACGUGUGGGGCCAGUGGGGCCUUGGGGGUUUCCACUAGGCACAUGGUACCAGCACGAAUUAAAGCAACGAACUCACCGCAAAACCACGCUCGGAGGCAUCGGGGUCUCAAGAGACUUUGCUCCACCGGCUUCAACCCAUCCGCGACGUAUAGGCCAUUCAACGUCGUGGUCAACUGCUUCCUCCUCUAGAAAUGUCUGGUCUCAGUGGAGGCCCCUGUUGGCUGCAGCCAGAGCUUCGUGGGUGGAGCUCUUUCCAGUUUUUUCCCUUUUUUCGGGGGAUACGCCUUAGCAUCUACGGCAUGCCUGACGGCCAGGCCAGAGUGGGAGCCAGCAGAGAAAGUUCCGGCCGGAGCCUUGCUAACCCGCAGCCACAGAAACAGGCAGGAGAACGUGCCACGACUGAGGCGGGCUGCUCCUCCUGGUGGCUUGGACCCGAAGAAGCAAGUGCGGGGUGUGCGUGUCGGGGGCUAGUGAAUGAGGGGGCCCGCGCCUGCGCCCACGUGUCCCGGACAGCGCCACGGGGACAGCUCCUUCUCUUGUAGGUUCUUUUGUGUUUGAUACGGCUGGAUUUUAACAUUUUAAAACGUAUCAUAGAAGAUCUACCAACAUUACGGGACAUUUGGAACAAGGGGUGUCAUAAACCAGUUGAUGACUUAAAUGCCAAGUUGGCCACGAAAACCGUGAACGCCUGUGUCCCUCUUCUAACUGUGGGGGUGGGGGGGGGUUCCAGAUGCUCGUAGAAGUCUGACUUCUCCACCUUGCACCUGGAGAAUCUGCCCGCGGCAGCACAGAGAGUACGAGCCAGGGACGGGUGUGCAAACCUUCACCCCGUCACUGGCCCUGGAGGAAGUUCCAGGUACCGGCCUCCGCCUCCAAGGUCUGACUGGCUGCGAGAUGCCCCGAAGGGCAACCGGGGGUUGGUGCGUGUGUGUGUGUGUGUGUGUGUGUGUGUGUGAGGACCACGCCCUCCAGGCGGGCAGAUGCGGAUUCCUGGUCAGGUCCCCAGCAGCCGGGAGGCACGGGGUCUCACCAGUGGCACAGAGACAGAGCCAUGGCCGACAGGCACAGGGCGUCUGCUGCGUAAUCUGAAACACGGGCUUCAGAUAGAUUACUUUCGACAACCUACCCGUUGGACCCCCUUCUCCCCACCAGAGGGAAAGCUUGCCGCCAUGGUGAUGGUUUCUGGCACGACGUUCCCUGCAUCCGCACGGGUGGCCGGCUGAGCUGAGGGCGGAGAGCCGCGGCCGGCUGGACUGCUCCUGUGUCACUUCCAGAAGCGUCCCAGGUCACCUGUCCCUUCUGGGGUGCCUACGUGCUCUGAAUUUCCCCCCAAAUUUCUUACUUGCACCCUGGAAGCUCCCACCCUCCUGCUUUCCUUGGUCGGGUGGGGGCAGCGAGGGGGGCUGCA